CCUGUCGUCAUGGCGACGCCGUAGCUCUGCGCGGGGCGCGGCGAGCGGAACCGGCCGAGCGGAACCGGCCGAGCGCCAGGGGCGCGGCGCGGGGAGUUCGCCUGCCCGUGCGCGGUGAGGUGCUGCGCGGCGGGGACGAGCCCCGGGCCCGGCGCCCGGCCAGCAGAUGAAGAAAUGCCAAAGCUUUGCCACCUUCUCACAGAUCUCUUGAUUUCUCUUGAGACAUUGGAUGUGAGGCAGAAGGUACAGAAAGAAAACUUGUAAAUGCCAAGGCUCACCGGGAGCGGAGUGACGUGUAUGAAACACACCAGGAGCCCUGCACGCGAGGUGCUGUUCCCUGUAGGGCUCAUUUCUGGUGGCUUUGGUUUUGGAAGCAUCAGCAGCUGCCGCAGCAUGGACAGUCGGGCCGGCCUGGCAGCCACGCCCAGAGCGCUGCCUUACUACGUGGCUUUCUCCCAGCUGCUGGGCCUGACUGUGGUGGCCAUGACGGGGGCUUGGCUCGGUCUGUACAGGGGCGGCAUCGCCUGGGAGGGCGCCCUGCAGUUUAACGUGCACCCGCUCUCCAUGGUCAUAGGCCUGAUCUUCCUGCAGGGAGACGCCUUGCUGGUUUACCGGGUCUUCAGGAAUGAGACCAAACGCACAACCAAGGUCCUGCAUGGGCUGCUGCACGUCUUCGCGCUCGUCAUCGCCCUGGUGGGCGUGGUGGCGGUGUUCGACUACCACCGGAAGAAGGGCUACGCGGACCUGUACAGCCUGCACAGCUGGUGUGGCCUCCUCGUGUUGGUUCUCUACUUCGUGCAGUGGCUCGUGGGCUUGAGCUUCUUCCUGUUCCCCGGAGCUUCGUUUUCCCUGCGGAGCCGCUACCGCCCGCAGCACGUCUUCUUCGGCGCCGCCAUCUUCCUCCUGUCCGUGGGCACCGCCCUGCUGGGCCUGAAGGAGGCGCUGCUGUUCAAGCUUGGGGCCAAGUACAGCACGUUUGAGGCUGAGGGUGUCCUGGCCAACGUGCUGGGCUUGCUGCUGGUCGGCUUCGGGGUCACCGUGCUCUACAUCUUGACUCGCUCUGACUGGAAGCGGCCACCCCAGGCGGAGGAACAAGCGCUCUCCAUGGACUUCAAGACGCUGACAGAAGGCGACAGCCCCGGCUCGCAGUGACGGCCUGUCCUCGUCCCGCACGGAGGGCCGGGCUGUGGCUGGCCGCCGCAGCUCGGGGUGGGCGGGUUGGGUAGGCGACUUUCCCACGCUCUGUCGCGGCUCUGCUGGCUCGGUGGCUGCCGGGGAGGGCCGGCCAGUGCGGCGGGCGCGUGGGGGCAGCGCCCGUUGUGGGCUGUGGGGCUUGGCUUCCUCUGCUCUCCCUCCUUGUUGCUGCUUAGAGUCCCGUUAGUCACGCACAGACCCGGCCCUGUUGUCACCGUCACCCCCUCCACUCGAGCCGCUUCGGGCAGGGUUUUGGGUGGUCAGUCCGGGCUACAGAAGCACAGAUCCUUCAAGACGACGCAGAGUGGCUCUCCUCUUGAGGAGCGGAUGCUGGGCCGAGUCCAGGGGCUGCCAAGAGCACAAAGCUGUGGGAGAAACUGGGGCUUAGUGACAGGCCUGGCAAGGCCGAGACUUGCUUUGUGUAACGCUGAAUUCAGCCCAGAGUCCCGUCCGUUGAAUGACACGCGGUGAGAACGGCCCGACUUCGGCAGCGGAGCCGGUGAUAUUAUGCAUAAACCAUGCUGGUGUCCAGAGCGAGGGGCCCUGCAGAGGGGAGGGGCGGGCCCCUGGGAAGCUGUGGAGAUGUGGCUUCGGCCCAGCCGCGCUCUCAGCCGCCGCCUCUCCGGGCCUCAGCCCCAGGACGGCUCUGCGGGGAGAGGGCCAGGGCCCCGCUGGAGACAAACUGUCCUUGGCGGCUGAGGGCCACCGAGAGAGGAGGCCGAGAUGGCCCGCGGGCAGGCGCGCUGGGCUGCUGGCGCCGGGGCUCGGCUCGGCGGGGCUGGGGCCUGCUGGCCGCCGCCAGGCUCCCCGCCCUCAGCAGCCGGCUUGGGCGCUGCUCUCGCUCUGACCUCAGGCCCGGGGCUUCUGUCUUUUUUUUUUUUUUUAAAGCAGAAAGUUGCUGCUGCUGCUGCCCUGUUCCCGGGGAAGGCAGGGCCGGCCGCUCCUGUGCGGAGGAGAGCGCCCUUCUCCCCGCUGCGCCCGUCUCUGCGGGCGGUCGGGGCUGAGGGGACCCGGAGCGUCCUCCCAGCGGCCUGACGUGCUCUGUGCCGCCGAGUCACUCUUCGGCUUCAGCCUAGAGGGAACAUGAUUAGAGCAUUGACCUUGUGCUUCUUGGACUCGGUGAAUGCUCCCUCCUUGUUUUCUUCCUGUUCUGGGCUUUGCGGAACAGGACACAGUUUGAGACACACACCGGGUACGUAAAUGAAGAAAUGCAAAGAGCUUUCCAAACCUGACCGCUGCUCAGCACUUCGAUGGUUGCCUUUUUCUCACCCCAGCGCUGCCUUCGAGAGAGGGGCCAGCCUCCUCUCGUGCUCCGGCUGCGAGCACUCCAUUCUGGCCUUGAGCCCUGCGGCCAGCGAUGCCACUUCAGCGAGCAGGUGGCUGUGGUCCCGAGCCUUCCCCAGCAGGGCGGCCCAGUCCCCUCCGAGCCCCCUUCCCUGCUGCAGCUGGCCCGGCUGGCCGGGGUGUUCGCCGGUGACACGGCGCGCUCUGCCCGCACCAGGACCCCGUCCGUUCUCCCCCCGCCUGGCACGCGCCGUAUAGCCAGACAUUUUUACGUGGAGAAGCGCCCCCUUGGACAAACCCAAGUGCACUUGUGACUCUCCCUUGCCAGGACGCCCCAGAGAGAGACGGAACCUUAGAUUUCUGGUAAAAACCUGUAAACUGGUCUGUUGGCCCGAGUGUCUGUUGGAUCAUUCUGGAGGCCCCCUGAAAGCGCCCCCCAUGGUUUAUUUCACUUUGCCUGUGGCCUGUCGUCUUUGAAGUGCGGUGUAGCGUCGGUGCAACGGAUGAUUCAAUAAACGUCUACAGCAGA